UCAACUUUGAUGAAUCGGACAAGUAGAUGUACUCUCCAUCUGGCCCGUUUUCGCGGGCAAAUUUUAUUUCUGUGUGGGGGAGGGAGUGUGUGCAUGCACAAAAUUAGCCUUAUUUGUGAAUUACUAUCAUUAAGUGCUUAAAGAGAAGAUCGCCAUUCUCUUCAUCGGGAAAGAGCCUUAUCAAAAUUAUAGAAUCAGAAGUCCCUCGCCGGCAUCCAUAUUGUGAACCUAGCAGGAAACAGCUACUUUCGUUUGUAAAAAGUCCAGAUCCAAAGAUGACAUCUGGCGAGUUUUGUAAAGAUUUCAAAGUAAGUCUUCGCAUUCGGACAGAGAACUCCAGUUCCAGAAGACGAGUGAGAGACAUCAUUGGAGAGUUUGAUUUUACCUAUGCCAUAUCACCUCCAAUUAUGCAGUUCAUUUUCACGGAGGAUUUUAACACAUUUAAAAAUUACAUGCAAAACAAUGGUUACUCAUUAGAUGGAAGUAAAAGUCCAAUAGAAGUAACCAAGAUUUCCGCAAAACGUACAUUAGAAAAUAUCGAGGUACUUGGUGAUGAAUUAUGUGAUGUUAUUUCUUGUUUCACGAUUGGUUAUGACAUCAGGACUAUCGCUGUUCUUUCUGGAAUGGAUGGAUCUACUUUUGAUAGCCUCCUGUCUUCCUUCGAUCUUGCAGUUAAGUGGAACAAGGAGAACAAUUGUUUGUGCAUAUGUGGGAAACAUUUGCAGGUUGAAAAGGCGUAUCAAGAAAUUCAAGAAAAAUACUCAGAACUGUGGACAUACUCCAAAGAUGCAUUCAUAGAUUUGAAGAAGGAAGAUGAAAAACACGUGCACAUUACUGUAUCAACAGAUGUAAGAAGUCCUAUUGUCAGGCAGUGUUCACUGACAAUUGAUGUGUUACCAUUCCUAUAUAACUGCGCCCCAGUCCUGAACAUAGUUACUACAGAGGUUAUUAGGCCAGCAAUGGAAGAUGCUAAUGUAAAACUGAUUAAGGAGGAACUGAAGCAGUCGACAUUUAGUACCCUGGAGGCAUUGUGUCUGUCUGUGUUGAAUUCGUUCAUUUCAGUUACAUGUGGUUAUAUCUGUCGACCCCUCCUGGUACCACAGGAAAUUCAGCAAGACAUCAAGACAAAAGUGACGAGAUUUGAAGACCUUUCAUUCGUUUGGCACAUCGAAGACAAUCUACUUUGGGUAUGUUCUACGAGAGAAAAAUUCCAAUCCAGAUUUGAAGAACUCAUGAAGAUUGUCCAUGGUUCAAAAGUUCAAAUGGAAUAUGCUCAGGUGCCUCUACUCACACAGGAGGAAGAGGAAGAUUUGACGGUAGAAAAAACGAUAUGGAUGCCACCUAAGGAAAGUGAAAAUAAGAAAUGUGACAAACCGCCUUCAAAUCCUUCCUACCAGAGCACAAAUGAAAACACAGCAAUAUAUGGAAUAGAUGAAGACACCUAUAAAACUAUGUUACAAUAUUUUGGACAAGAGGAAACUUGGAUUACGAUUCGACCGCGUUGGUUGAACGACAAAGUCGUCAUCGAUACAACGAUUCAGGGUGCCAGAGAAUAUUUUCAAAAGAAAUUUCAUGAAUUAUUUUCAAUGAAGAAUGAAAACUUUAUUCCACAAUCAUAUUCAUUCCAAAGACGUAAAGAGGGAUUGCGAACAGAAUCUGAAGAAUGCGAUUCAGAUAGCAAAAUGACAACAUCAAAUUGCAAGCGGAGAUUUGAUUCAGAAGAGGAGAAACAAUUAGACGGAAUAAAACUCUCCACCGAGGAGGGUCUAAUACUAAAAGUGUAUUGCGCCGAUAUCCUGUUAUUAGACGUGGAGUGUAUCGUGAAUGCUUCCAAUGAAAAUUUAAUGCAUGGAGGCGGCGUGUCUCUGGUCAUAUCAAACGCUGCUGGACCAGACCUGGAUAAAGAGUGCCAAUGCUUUAUCGAAAAGAAUGGGCCUCUGAAAGUAGGAACGUGUUGCACCACCACAGCAGGUAAUCUCACCCGGUACCGAUGUGUUAUCCACACGGUAGGACCACGCUGGAGCGAUUUCGAAAACAAGGACAAAUGUCGAGAAAAACUCAGGCAGUCUAUAUAUGGAUGUCUGCAAGAAGCUACAUAUCAAAAUGUAAAGUCCAUUGGUUUCCCACCAGUUAGCACAGGAAUAUUUGGUAUGCCCAAAAUCGUUUGCGCGGAAGACUACCUCUCUGCUGUUUUGGAGUUCAGUUCACAUUAUGGAUAUCAAACGGAAUUAAGAGAAAUACAUUUCAUCGACGUAGAUGUUGACACGAUAAGAGUGAUACAGAGUGCUUUCGCGGGCAGGUUGAAAGGUUCUGCAGAGACCACAAAAAUCACGAAGGUGAUUACCGGUUUUACAAUCGAAGUGCGUGGUGUUAGCAGUAAGACAACUGUUGACUCAGUGGAGUUUUAUUUCGACAACAAACGGAGAUCUGGUGGGGAUGGUGUAACGAACGUUAGACAAGCCAAAGAAGAUGGCGCAUUUUAUGUCACUUUUAACAACGAAGAAGCCAUGAAAAAAGUCUUACAACGGAAACACAAAAUCGACGGAAUAGAACUUGAUGUUAAGCCUUGCAUAAACACGGAUGUGCAGGCCAUUCCAAACCAGGGAGUAUUAUCUGUGCAGAUUUAUGUCGGAAACAUUACGAAAGUAAACGUCGAUUGCAUAGUAAAUUCAACAAAUGAACAGUUAAUGCGCGGAGGUGGAGUAGCAGCUGCGAUUUCCGAGGCAGCCGGUUAUGCCCUGGAUCAGGAGAGUAAGGAUUUUGUAGCUAGAAACGGUCCAUUACCUGUUGGAAAGUGUUGUGCAACAACUGCAGGAAAUCUUCCAUACAAGUUUGUUAUACACGCGGUUGGACCAAGAUGGCAUGACUAUUCCAGUGAAGAUAAACCUUACUGUCUUGAAGACCUCCAGGAAGCAGUAGAAGUUUCAUUUAAAGAAGCCGACAAACUUGAAAUGAAGUCUGUUGCAUUGCCUGCUAUAAGCUCAGGAAUAUUUGGAGUCCCCAAAGAAAGGUGCGCGGAGAGUUAUUACAAGGCAGUAUGUGGCUUUUUGGCUUCCUACGCACGGCAGAGUUUGCAGGAAAUCCAUUUUGUCGACAGAGAUCCGGACAUGGUUGCUGAAAUCCAAAACGCUUUUAAAGAUUUCAAAAGUGUCUAAAGGACUCUAUAUUUUCUGUUCCUUAGUGACUUUUUGAGACAGCUAUAUACAAUUGCUAUACAAUACUUGGAAAUACCACCUUGUUUCAAAACAAUAGAAAUUUUAAAUUCUUAUUAUGACCGCAGUAAUUGGUCAUGGAGACCAUGCAGUUUUAUAAUGAUUAAAUUUUCAGCAAGACAUAUGGCA